ACGCCUGCGCAGGAUUCUAUUGACUGAAACGAGCUUCUUACAGCCGGAGCGGUGGCAGCGGUGGUUCGUGGCUCGUCAUUGAUACUGGCGUGUGAAUAUUAAAGUGAAAUCUUGAAGGUGCGCGCGUAGUGAGAGCCUCAGACUUUCCCCACCAUGCUGGCUCUGUCCAGAUGUUCGCCGGCCUUCAGGCGGCGGCUGCCCCUGCGUUGCUCUGCCCCGCCUCUGGCGAGCGCCUCCAUCGCUGCCGGCUCUCAGGUUCUAACGAGCCAGAUCGCUCGGUUUCACCAGAGCAAAGCCAGGGCGGGCCCCGAACCCAACAAGAUCACCUCAGUGUCCGGACUGGAAGGGGAGCUGCUUGGAAUGGGGAUGUGGUCCCUGGGUCUCGGAGCUGUCGGAGCCGCCAUGGCUGGGAUCUUCUUGGCCAACACCGACUGGUGUCUACCUAAAAGUGCGAACGCAUCACUGGAACACCUGGAAGAUGCUGAUCUGCGCUCCACCACAGACGAUUCAAAUGUCAUCAAGGCAAAGAGCCUGUGGGAGAAGAAUGGAGCCGUGGUGAUGGCCGUGCGGCGGCCCGGAUGAUUUUUGUGCAGAGAGGAGGCCUCUGAGCUGUCCUCUCUGAAGCCUCAGCUGGAAGAGCUCGGGGUCCCGCUGGUCGCUGUGGUGAAGGAGAACGUCGGCACAGAGAUCCAGGACUUCAGACCGCACUUUGCUGGGGACAUCUAUGUAGAUGAGAAGAAACAUUUCUACGGACCGCUGCAGAGAAAGAUGGGUGGGCUAGGCUUCAUCCGCCUCGGGGUGUGGCAGAACUUCAUGCGGGCCUGGAAGUCCGGCUACGAGGGGAACAUGAACGGAGAGGGCUUCAUCCUGGGAGGAGUGUUCGUCAUCGGCCCGGGGGACCAGGGAAUCCUCCUGGAGCACAAGGAGAAGGAGUUCGGCGAUAAGGUGGACACGGCCGACGUCCUGAAGGCUGCGCGGAAGAUUGUGCCACGGGAAUAGAUUUUUUUUUUUAGCAUUAGGCAAACAGCAGGAUCAAAAUUGCUGGUCGGCGUCUGUUUACACUGACUACCAUCGCAACGUAGCUCCGACCUUUGCACAAUAUUUAGCAGCCGGGUAUGAAAUUGAGCGCCAGAAACGCAGGACAGAAUGAAUGUUUGUUACAGAUUUGUUUUUUUUCUCUAGUCAUUGAUCGUUCGCCGAGGUGUAGCAAAGGGACUUUCUUUCAGGUACAUCAAGAUUCAGGUGCAGCAAUCCUAAAAUAUAACAUCACUUGAAAAAAUUCAGACUUACUAAUUGUAAUUUAUCAGUUCGUCAUAAUAUGUAUGUCUGGUACAUUUGCAAUGUCUUUAGCAUGUAGAAGCUUAAUUUGCCCAGCCUGAAACGCCCUCGGCUGAGGGAGACAGCGUUGUGGGGUCUGUGCGUGUGAAAUAAUGACAACCUGACUCUAAACUCGGUGCUGAGAGGAGCGGGUUUGAUGCCCAAACACGCGCACGGGUUCAGCUGCUGUCCUCGCCUGGAGGACGGUUUGAGGAGCUUGAAGCGAGGCUUUUUAAUUUUCUUGCACAGGUGUUAAAGUCAUAGUUGUGUACUGUUUAUUCCUGCUCACGUGCUUCCUAGCUGUAUCUGAAUAAAUCAUCAUUGUAUCCCAGG